AUGGAAAACAGGUCCUACGUCAGUGACAUUCUUGUGCUGGAAGAAUUAGGACACUAUGAAUCAUUUGCAGAUGCUGUAUUUUACACACUGCUAUUUGCUUAUAUUGCACUGCUGAUAACCAAUUUUGGCGUUCUUGUUAUCAUCAUUAGAGAGAAAAGCUUACACCAACCCAUGUACCUGCUAUUUUGCAACCUAACAGUCAAUGAUAUCCUUGGUAACACUGUUAUACUACCUCAACUGUUAUUUGACAUGGUUGCUAAAAACAGGUUAAUUUCUUAUAAUGCGUGUGUUUCACAGAUAUUUUUUACUCAUACUUUUGCCUCAGCAUCACACACCAUACUGAUCAUAAUGGCUAUUGAUAGGUAUGUGGCUAUAUGCAAUCCAUUGCGAUACAAUUCAAUAAUGACAGCUAAGGCAGUUGCAGUCUUGACUGUGUCUGCCUGGAGUUUUGUCAUUGUAUUAGUCGGUGUAUUAGUGGGUCUCACAACCAGGCUGUCUCGCUGUAGAUCACUUAUUCCAAAUUUUUAUUGUGACAAUGCCUCCUUGUUCAAGUUAUCUUGUGAAGAUGUGUCUAUUAAUAACAUCUAUGGACUGUUUUACACUGUGGUGUUAUUUUCCUCCUCAAUGGGUACUGUUGCUGUCACAUACAUUAGAAUUGGUAUCACAUGCUGGACUAAGAAAAAUGCAGAACUCAAUAGCAAAGCCAUCCAAACAUGUACAAGUCAUUUAGUCUUGUAUCUGAUAUUGUUGCUGUCUGGAUUCAUUAUUAUUAUCAUGCAUCGGUUUCCAGAAGAUCGCUUUUUAAGAAAACUCAUGGCUAUUAUUUUUCUUGUUAUACCUGCCCAUUUGAAUCCAAUUAUUUAUGGACUACAGACUAAACAUUUAAGAUUGAAAAUUUUGCAAAUAUUUAAAAGGAAAAUCUUCCCCUUUAAGUUAAGUUAUCUGGUGAUAAAGCUUUUGAAUGCCAACGGUAUUGUUAUGUGAGGCUAGCAUUGUAAUUGUUAUAAAAGGAUAACGUUACAUUGUAGUCGUAUGUUAGUGUGUUUGGAUGAAGCAUCUGCUAAUCAUACACAUAGCUAACGGUAUAUGGACUCUACA